AUGCUGCUAUUGCUUCUUGCGGGGGUCGCUAGUAGGCAUCUGCAGCUUGCCUGGGCAUCCCGCACGGAGGCUGAUGACGCGGCGGUAUUGCUGACCCUGGUAGAUCCCUCACCACCCUCCUAUUUGAGCAGCUGGUCGGGUGCGGCGCCAUGCAGCGACGGCUGGGCAUGCGUGACCUGUUCUGGCCAGCGCGUGACGGCAAUUGACCUAUUGGCCAACAUCACACUGCCUGUGGGAGCACUGCCAGCCACCAUCGGCCAACUAGAUGCGCUGCAGCGGCUGCGGCUCAAUGGUGCAGGGCUGGGGGGAACGCUGCCUCCGGACUUAUCGCCGCUGUACAGUCUAACUUCCCUGUCCCUGUCGUACAAUUCCUUCACGGGUAUACUGCCGGCGUCCUGGAGCGCCCUCACCAACCUACGGUCGCUGGAUUUGCGCCAUAACCAGUUAAGCGGUACCCUUCCGUCCGCCUGGCGCUUCAGACGCUACUGCUUAACGACAACCGGCUCAAUGGCGGGCUACCUAGCAGCUGGAAUGUCCUGA